GAGGCAGGCAGGCGAGAGCGGCGGCGGCGGCCCCUUCCACGCGCAGCGCAGCGCCCGGAGGCGGCGAAGGCGGGCAAAGCGGCCCCGGCGCGCCUGUUGCUGGGGAGGCGCGGCGAUCGCUCGGCCUCUCCGCCCGCGCCAUGUCCCGCUCCGGCCGCCCGCGCGACUACAAGUGCGGCGACCUGGUCUUCGCCAAGAUGAAGGGCUACCCGCACUGGCCCGCCCGGAUUGAUGAGAUGCCGGAAUCAGCUGUGAAAUCAGCUUCCAACAAAUACCAGGUCUUUUUCUUUGGAACUCAUGAAACGGCCUUCCUGGGUGCCAAGGACCUUUUUCCCUACGAAGAGUGCAAGGCAAAGUUUGGCAAAGCCAGCAAGCGGAAAGGGUUCAGCGAAGGCCUGUGGGAGAUCGAGAACAAUCCCACCAUCAAGGCCUCAGGGUACCAGCCCGCUCAGAAGAAGCGCCCCCUGGAGGAAGGCAAGGCCAAGGAGGAGCCGGAGGCUGGUGGGAAGGGCAGCCCGGAAGGCAGCAGCCCUGAGGAGGAGGAGGAGGAGGAGGAGGAAGAGGGGGACCUGGUGAUUGACGAGCAGGUCAGGGAGAAGAACCAGAAGGUUGCCCCCAAGAGGAGGGCCCCGGAGGCCCCGCAGGAUCCCUCCCCCAAGCGCAUGAAAGACGGGGAGGACCAGACGGAGGCAGCUGGGAAGAAGCCGGGCAGCCAGGACGCGGCCCAGAAAACCGGGAAUCCUAAGCCGGCUCUGCUGCAGCCAGGGGGCGAGGGGAAGAACGGCGGGGGUGGCAGCCCCCCCCUCGACGUGCUUGGAGGAGACGAGAGAAAGGAAAAGGCUGCCCAAGAGGAAGAGGAAGAGGAGGAAGAGGAAGAGGAAGAAGAGCAGGAAAGCAGAGAUCACGAGAAGAGCCCGUAGGCGGCCCUCUGUCUUCGGACCCAUCCGGCCUCUGGGUUUCCCUGGUGCUGCCAACCAGAUUGCAUCAUCCCCUCCUUUCCAUGUCCAGCGCUGGCGGGAAAGGAGCGCGAUCCAACAUUUCCGCCCCAGGAACAGGAAACGGUCUCUGCCCAGCCCGCCUGCAUCUCUCCUGGCCGGCCGUUUCGCCGGUGCUACGCUUUGAGCUAGUCCUAAUUUCUAGAGGGAAUAUACUGAUCGGUCACUUUGGAAUAAAACGCAGCUGGAUGCCUUUUUAAAAAAUAUAUAUAUAAACCGG